AUGGAAUCGCUAACCAGACUGCUGAGCGGCUCGACCAUGACGCAGCCGUCGGCGGGCGCCGCGCUGAGCGAGGUGCUGGCCCAGCUGGAGGAGCACCAGCCCACGCUGCCGGACGCCGUCACCGCCCACUACCUGGCAGAGGCCGGCCUGGAUACGGACGACCCGCGCCUCGUCCGGCUCAUCGCCAUCGCCGCGCAAAAGUUCGUCUCGGACGUGGCGCACGACGCGCUGCAGCUGUACAAGAUGCGCCAGGCCAGCCUGCCCUCCAAGAACAAGGCCAAGGACAAGAAGUACGUGCUGACGCUGGAGGAUCUGACGCAGGCGCUGGCUGAUCACGGUAUCCAGGUGAAGAAGCCGGCCUACUUUGUCUGA